GGAGCUGUUUUGCUCUGAAUUUAUCCAGUCCAGCUGCAGGACAGCUUGUGGAGCUGCUGUCUCCACUCUAAGCAAGCCUUGGGGAAAAUCUGUGAGAAUCCAACGGAUACCUGGCAACUUUUUGUACCAUUAAUAGGUCUGGAUUGUCCAUUUGUGUGUCCAGCUGGCCAUAUGAAGAUUGUACAUCUGGAUGAAAUAAAGCUGCACAGCUGAGACGUUUGUUAAAACGGACACAUCAGGAGCCUGGAUCUGAGUGUACUUCAAUAUGCUGCUGCCUGCAGAGCUCCAAAUGCAAUCAAACUCAACAGCCCUCAGAUACCCAAUAAUGCUGCCUUCUCCAGAACCCACUGAUUAUGACAGCGACAGCUCUGGAGUCAGAUAUUCCCCCAGCCUGCCAGCCUCUCCGUGCUCCAGCAUGUACCCGUCACCUUGCUCCAGCCCGACCCAAGCAAAUAGCAGCUGUUACCACAUAGUAGACUACCUUCUAUCCCAAGCCAGUGAUUGUCCCAGCAAUUUAAAAGACACGAGCAGCGUUACCUGCCCUGCUCCAACAGCACAGCAUCGGCUCUCUAGUUUCGGAUCAGGGGCCAACAAUCAGUUCCACUUCCCAGAAGUGGGAGUAUUGACUCAGUCACCGUAUGCUGCGGGUCUUCCCAUGUUGGAAAGGGUAAUAAGCAAUGGCACUACCUGCGACCAAGCAGGCAGGAUGUUGUCUUUCCAACCAACACUGGAUGAAAUUGAAGAGUUUUUACAAGAAAACAUGUGUUCCUGUCUUAAUACUUCUAAUAACAGCAAAAUCAAAGAGUCCAAUAGCUCUGUGUGUGGAAAAGUUAGCUACAGCACACGCCUUGAGGUUCUACAAGGAAAUAAACUGAAAGAAGCAGAACCUGAAGUAGUAGGAGCUUUAGUGCCCAUUAAAAUGGACUCACAGGGAGCAAUGACAGCACAGGAUGAAGAAGAGGAGGAAAAAAAGCGGCAUAGUAGUAGCAUGUACGCUGGUAGCAGCUCUUCAUCUGUGGGUGCUGUCACAGAUGGUGCCUCUAGUGGACAGACAAUGACUCUGUCAGGUUGUGUGCCUGUGGUCAUACAGCUUCAGCCAGUGCCCACCAAGAACGGAGAAAGCGGAGUGAAAAUUGCCCAGUUGCUGGUCAACAUUCAAGGCCAAACGUUUGCACUUGUGCCUCAGGUGACGGGCUCUUCAGUGAAUGGCACUUCAGGUGGCCAGCAAACCCCUGGAAGCACAGGGAGGCAGUUUAUUCGAAUUGCUCCAGUGCCAAUUGCUGCAAAACCAGCGGAGGAGGACCAGGCCGCAUCAUCUAAGCAAACUUCAGCUUGCAGGCUGUCAAAGUUGGGUCCUGGCGACUUGCUCAAGGUGCACAAAUGUAGCUUCCCUGGUUGUAGCAAGAUGUACAGCAAGAGCAGUCACCUGAAAGCUCAUGUCAGAAGACACACUGGGGAAAAGCCAUUUGUGUGUACAUGGCCGAGCUGCGACUGGAGAUUCUCUCGCUCUGAUGAGCUUUCUCGGCACAAGCGGAGUCAUUCCGGAGUAAAACCAUACCAGUGCAGUGUUUGUGAGAAGAAGUUUGCCCGUAGUGACCAUCUCUCCAAACAUGUUAAAGUUCACCGGUUUCCACGCUCCAGCCGUAGUGGGAACUGAUUGGUGUGGCCGUUCGCUCCAAGGAGCAGCCAAUGAACAAAGAUAGAAAUCAGUCCAAACUUGAGGGCCUAUAUGGAGCUGACCUGACCUUUCAGCAUCGAGGUGAUCAAAGCUCUGGCGGAUGCCUGGGAGGACUCUUUGGCAGCUUUGACAGCUUAUCCACAUUGACCGAUGAAGCUUCUGAAGAGCAAACCAACAGGCUGGCUGAGAAGAACCUUCUGCAUUGAGUUUGCCCAGGGAAUUGUCAUUGUGUUUUGACGUUAGUGGAAUACAAAAGUCAAAAAGAGAGCAGUUUUGUUGAGUAUAGGUACGUAUUGGAGAGGACAACUGAGAAAACAUCACCUUUCCGGAUGCUGCUGAGGAAGAGCAUAUUUGCUCUGUUGUCAAUCUGGAUUGAGAGUCUAAAGUGGAAUAAGUGGCACACUGAAGAACAUGCAUCCUCGAUAAGAAAAUACAAAUAUCUGCCUGCCAAAGCACAGUAUAUGGAAACUUCAGAGCUGCUACAAACACUAACAUACCACGGUUUAGUGAUGCUUUUAUACUUUUUGAAAAUUUACUAUUUAAAUUAUGUGAUAAUAAUAAUAAUUUAAAGUACUAAACUUCUCAUUGUUCUGUUUUAAACAAAGCCUUCAGAAAAUAUGGAGUAUUGUGCACAGAAAAGUCUGUGUCUCCUUAUGAAUCAGUACCUUUAAAUAAUAAUAUGACUUACUGUAACCUGAAAAUAUAAACAUGUUUUCAUUUCAGGUAAAAUUAGUGAGCAGUCAGAGACUUGGAACAGUACAACACUCUUUAAAAAUAAAGCAAUCGGAGAACAAAAAAGUUGAGCACAGAAAUGACUUUUAAAAAAAGGAUAAAAUAUGUCAUUCUGUGCUUGUGUAAAGCAAAUGAAGCCCAGAUAUCAUGGAACGAUAUGCUUUAUUUAAAUAUUUUCCAUUCUGAAUAGGCUUUUAAUCACAGAAUUAUAAAACAACCCCAAUUCCAAUGAAGUUGGGACGUUGUGUAAAAUGUAAAUAAAAACAGAAUGCAAUGAUUUGCAAAUCCUUUUCAACCUAUAUUCAAUUGAAUACACUACAAAGACAAGAUAUCGAAUGUUCAAACUGAUAAACUUUAUUGUCUGUUUUGCAAAUCUUCACUCAUUUUGAAUUUGAUGCCUGCAACACGUUCCAAAAAAGCUGGGACAGGGGCAUGUUUACCACUGUGUUAUAUCACCUUUCCUUUUAACAACACUCAAUAAGCGUUUGGGAACUGAGGACACUAAUAGUUGAAGCUGUGUAGGUGGAAUUCUUUCCCAUUCUUGCUUGAUGUACAACUUCAGUUGCUCAACAGUCCGGGGUCUCCGUUGUCGUAUUUUGUGCUUCAUAAUGUGCCACACAUUUUCAAUGGGAGACAGGUCUGGACUGCAGGCAGGCCAGUCUAGUACCCGCACUCUUUUACUACGAAGCCACGCUGUUGUAACACAUGCAGAAUGUGGCUUCGCAUUGUCCUGCUGAAAUAAGCAG